UAGACACAACAGUUUACGAAACAGACCACAAAACCAUGAACACCACAAUACAACUAUGGAAUACAAACAUUCCCAAUAUCCAACGCUUCAAAAACCAAACGAACAACAGAUACAGAUGGGGAGACACACCUGCAGAAAAGUGGAAAGAUUUCAACAAAGAAAUCGUGGAACUCUUCAACAAACAUGGCCAACCCAGGGGAAAGACAAACACAACAUCGACAGAAAAUGGUACAUCCUUAGAGACGCACUUCUAA